AUGAGGGAUGAAUGGAAAGGUGUCUUGAACGCACCUUCAAACACUUACAACAGCAAGGCCGUCUCGCCAACAUCUCGGGGAUUGACGCGCGCCGGAAGGCAAAUCGAGGCGGCGGGAGGAGAUCGCAUCGCGGGAAUGACCAUGGCCACGAGAGCGAUGAAGCUAAAGUCGCCCAAAGCAAGUAUGUGGGACUUGCAGACCCGGGAGGUCAGCGCAAGGCGACAGGUUGGUGAUGUUGCGGAUAGUAUCAAUAGGCCGCCGAGUACUGGUGACAGCGGCGAGAAGCCGUGGUGGAAGAAUGUUGGCAUGGAGGAGGGAAUGUGA